UCCUUGACUUUGAAAUCGAGAUAACGCACGCACACACACAAAGGUUUCUGUUUCACUCUCUUCUACACUCUUUCUAGGGUUUCUUCUUCCCCUUUCCCCCCCAAUUCAAUUCCAACAAUUUCUCCUCUGCCGAAUCUCCCCACAAAUCCCCAAUCCAUUGUUCUUCAAUCGGAUUGGUUGCUCUUGAAGAAUCAACAUGUAUUCUUCCAGAGGGAGUGGCAAUUAUGGCCAAUCGUACACAGGUCAAUCUGCAUAUGGCCAAAAUUUGAGUGCUAAUUAUUCUGGAGCUUCUGCUGGAGGGCAUGAUGCUACCCAGCAUUCCGCGGCUUCGAGACAUUCGGGUAUAUUAGGUAGUUCUCAAGAUGCAGCUGAUGUUGGUAGUUAUAGUAGGGCUCAUGCUUCUGUUGCUCAGUAUGGAGGGCAAUAUAGUUCUGUUUAUGGUUCAGCUGCGUUGAGCACCGCACCGCAGGCUCCUUCUUUGACGGCCAAGGGAGCUGGUUCAUCAUCGGCUUUAGAUGCUCGUGGAAGCUACUCUUUGGGUGUAUCAGAUUCACCCAAGUUUGCUUCUAGUGAUUAUUUGUCGUCCUCAACACAUGUGUAUGGCCACAAAUCUGAUCAAUUGUAUGGUGACAAGAGUUUGGAUUAUUCUGGACUAGAUAGAAGGCAAUAUGGUGAACGGCAGAGUGGUUACACUGGUAGGGAUUUAGCAAGUGAUCCAGCUAGCCGCUAUGCUACCGAUGCUGGUGGAUAUAGUCAUCAACAUCAGGCAACUUUGCUAAGACAAGAGCAAUUGCUGAAAUCUCAGUCUCUUCAAGCUGCUGCUUCACUUGAUGGGGCUACCAGACAAACUGAUUAUCUGGCAGCUAGGGCGGCUGCAAGUCGUCACCCAACCCAAGAUCUCAUGUCUUAUGGAGGAAGGAUUGAUUCUGAUCCUCAUGCUUCAUCAAUGCUAAGUGCUACUUCAUAUAGUGGACAGCAUGCACCAUCAAUAUUAGGAGCAGCACCGAGGCGAAAUGUGGAUGAUCUCUUGUAUUCCCAGAAUGCGUCAAAUCCUGGUUAUGGAGUGAGCCUCCCACCUGGUAGGGACUAUGCCAGCGGAAAAGGUAUUCAUGGAAAUGCUAUGGAUUUGGAUUACCCGGGAAGUCUUUUGUCACAUGAUCGGAAGGAUGAUCGGGCUAGUUAUCUUCGAGAAUUUGAACUAAGGGAAGAAGAACGACGUCGAGACCGCUUGCGUGAUAAAGAUAGGGAUAGAGAAAGGGACAAAGAACGAGAACGAUUGCGAGAGCGGGAGCGGGAGCGAGAUCGAGAAAAGGAACGUGAAAAGGAGCGCUUGGAGCGGCGUGAAAAGGAGAGGGAGCGAGAACGCAAACGAGCACUUGAAGUUAGGCUUGAACGAACUCCAGUGAGAUCCUCCAAGGAUCCUCGCAGCACUUCAAAGGAUCCUCGCAGCACUUCAAAGGAUCCUCGUGGGUCGUCUUUGACAAAGGAGGGGAAAUCUUCACGACGGGACUCCCCACAUCGUGGCGCUUUACAUAGGCACCGUUCACCUGUUAAAGAAAAACGGAGAGAAUAUGUCUGCAAGGUUUAUCCUUCUUGUUUGGUAAAUAUUGAGAGGGAUUACCUCUCAAUAGACAAGCGAUACCCGCGACUCUUCAUCUCUCCUGAAUUCUCCAAGGCUGUUGUGAGCUGGCCGAAGGAAAACCUUAACCUCUCUUUACAUACUCCUGUCAGUUUUGAGCAUGAUUUUGUUGAAGAAGAAAGUGCUAGAGACUCGUCCAGCAAGCUUUUGGUGGGACAACCUACAGGCACUGAACAAGGAAAUACAGUUUGGAAUGCCAAAGUAAUUUUGAUGAAUGGGCUUAGUAGGGGUGCAUUGGAGGAACUGUCAGCUGAUAAACUUUUGGAUGACCGCAUUCCUCAUGUUUGCAAUAUCCUUAGAUUUGGAAUCCUUAAGAAGGACCAUUCUUUCAUGGCAGUUGGUGGUCCAUGGGGACCUGCUGAUGGGGGUGAUCCAUCUAAUGAUGAUAACUCUUUGAUCAGAACAGCCCUUAGAUACACAAAGGAUAUUAUUCAGCUUGAUUUGCAGAAGUGUCAACACUGGAACCGGUUCCUUGAGGUACAUUAUGAUAGAAUCGGUAAAGAUGGUUUCUUUAGCCACAAGGAAAUUACUGUACUUUAUGUUCCUGAUUUGUCUGACUGCCUCCCUUCAUUGGAUCAAUGGCGGGAUCAGUGGCUUGCCCACAAGAAAGCAGUGGCUGAAAAAGAACGUCAAAUUGCAUUAAAGAAAGAGAAAGCAAGGGCUAUCAAGGAAUCAAAUGAUAAAUUAGGUAAGAAGGAUUCUCCUGCAUCUGGAAAGUCAAAUGCUAAGAAAAAGGAGAAAGAUAAUACUGUUAAGGAAGGAAAGGAAAAAAAAGCUGGAGUGAGUAUCAAUACAAUUGCUAAAAAUGAUGCCUCGGGGACAGUUGAAGCAAAGAGUGCAGAGAAAAAGCCAGGGGAAACUACCCCUGGUCAAACCACAGGAAGUGCAAAGUCUGUGAAAAAGAAAAUUAUAAAGAAGAUUGUGAAAAAAGUUGUCAAUAAGACAAACGAUAGUGCCAAGAGAGAAACUGACAAACCAGGUGAGAAGGAUGUUGCAGAUAAAGUGGCCACGUCAGAGGUUCCUGUUGAUGAGGUCAAGUCUUCUGUGGAUCCUACUGGGGUUCAAACUUCUGGGAAGGACAUAGUUGCAGAGGAUAUUCCUAUUGGGAAAGCUGAUGGUGAAGGGAAAAAUGGUAAGGAAAUAAACAGUAUUGAAGAUAAUACAGGCACCAAUGAUGCUACCGUGAAAACAAUAAAAACAAGGAAAAUUAUCAAGCGGGUACCUAAAAAGAAGGUGGUUGGCGAGGCAUCUAAAUUUGUAGUAAACGAAGGGAAUGUUGUGGCAUCUCAGGCACAGGCUGGUGCCGACAGCACUGACAAGCAGACUGCUGAAGCAGACACCAUAGAGACUGAGGGCAAGAAACCUGCAAAGGUAGUAACCAAGAGAAAGUUGAAAACACCUACCUCUGGGGUGCAAGAUGAUGCAACUGUAGUAAAUGAAGGGAAUACUGUGGCUGUUCAGGCACAGGAUGGUACCGACAGCCCUGGCAAGCAGACUGCCGAUGGAGACACAACAGUGACCGAGGGCAAGAAACCUGCAAAGGUAGUAACCAAGAGAAAUUUAAAAACACCAACCUCUGGGGUGCAAGAUGAUGCAACUGGUUCCAAUAAAAAAGUCGCAAAGAGCACUGAUAAAACUGAUGACGAAAAUGCUGUUGCAGCUCCUGCAAAUGAUGACACUCAGAGCACUGACAAGCAGGCUGCUAAUGCAGAUACAAAAAUUGUUUCGGUAGCAAAGAAAAUUGUGAAGGUAGUUCCUAGGAAAAAGUUAAAGGUGUCUACCUCUGAAAAGCAAGAAGGUGCACGUGGUGCAGGUGAUUCCAAUAAAAAUGAAAUGAAGUCUGACAACAAUGACAAGAAGGAUGGAAAAGGAACUGGAGAAAAAAGUGGAUCCAAGAUAGAUAAGAAGAAAACCUCUGAGAAAGAUACUCAAAUUGUCACGGGGAAACUGAAAGUUGGGGAAAAAUCGAAAGAUGAGAAAGUAACAAAAGAGAAAGAUGGAAAAGAUGAGCCGAAAAGCAAAUCUAGUAAAGAAGUGAAAGAGAAGAAGAAGUCCGAUGAACCUCCUCGGCACCCUGGAUUUAUUCUUCAAACAAAAUCAACAAAAGAUUCUAAACUACGGUCAUUGUCACUGUCUCUGGAUUCAUUGUUGGAUUAUACUGACAAAGAUGUUGAUGAAUCAACACUUGAGCUUUCAUUAUUUGCUGAAUCAUUUUAUGAAAUGCUUCAGUUUCAAAUGGGCAGUAGGAUUUUGACUUUUCUUCAGAAAUUGCGCGAAAAAUUUGUGAUGAAAAGAGCUCAGCGAAAGAGGCAGCGAGAAGAUGGACUUGACAAGGAUAGUGCAAACAAGUCACCUGCUAAACGUAAAAAAGGUGAUGAUCCGUCUGUUAAGAGUGAAACUGAUGUGGAUGCAUCAAAUCCAACCCAAGCAGAUAACAAGAAAACUGUUGCCGAGAUUGAGAAUUCUGGUAACAAGGAGGAUGACGAUGUGAAGAUGGAAAAUGCAUCAGAUGAUGAAGAUCCGGAAGAAGAGGAUCCUGAAGAGGAACCAGAAGAGGAACCAGAAGAGGAAAUGGAAAAUGGUACUCCCCAACAUGACUCAUCCAAUGGUAAAAAUGCUGAACACGUCGAUGCAAAUAAUGAAUCUGAAAAUGCUACCAGCAACGAAAAAGCAGCAGAUGAAACUUCUAAAGGGGAAAUAAAGGUUAAAGAAGAGGUGCAAGAAUUAAAGGAUGAUAUUCAGCUCAAGGAAGCAAAGGAAAGCAAGGUUGAUACCGUUAAGAAAGAAACCCGUGCUGUUAAGGAGGCUGUUGUAAACAAAGAAUUGUUGAAGGCUUUUCGAUUUUUUGAUCGGAAUCGUGUUGGCUACAUUAGGGUUGAAGAUAUGAGAAUAAUAAUCCACAAUCUGGGGAUGUUCCUUUCACACAGGGAUGUGAAGGAGCUUGUACAGAGUGCAUUGUUGGAGAGCAACACCGGGAGGGACGAUCGGAUACUUUAUAUCAAGUUGGUGCGGAUGGCUGACAUUUGAUGCCCCCCAGCUUUUGCUUGUAAUUAAGUUUGGCAUUUGUUGUUUUGCGCUGCUUUGAUGAAAGGAUAGGUGGUCUUUUUAUUUGUGUUAGGGAAAGUAAACGAUUACUACUGAAGACCAAAUUUGGGGGGUCAUAUUUUAGUGCAUGAUACAAUCUUGCUUUUCAUAACAUUUUUAUUUAAUUUUUUUUUAAUUACGUCUUUCCAACAUUUAUGCUGCUGAGUUAAGUACUUUUGUAUUUAAUUAUUUGGUUUAAUGAAUUUCAAACAUUUGGAUGUUUA